AUGCCAUCAUCGCAGAAGCGACGCGGCCCCACGAAGAAACGCAAGACGACGGGUGCCAUUAGUGAGCAUUUCAUUACCGACAGAGUUGAUAAGUUCAACACUACCGGGAAGAAGCGCGUUGCAGGUGUGUCCUAUGCACCGACCCCAUCAAUCAACGAGAAGUCCUUCGGCCUGAUCCAAGAGAAGAUCUGGAAUGAACCCUUCUGGCUCAUCAUCGCAGUGACAUUCCUCAACAAGACUGCUGGUCGCUCAGCUGUACCGGUCUUCUGGAAAAUUCGACAGAAAUGGCCUCAGCCUUAUCUACUUGCUCAAGCCGAUUCGCACGAACUUCUGGGAAUGAUUCAUCACCUAGGUCUUCAAAACCAGCGAUGUAAACGCAUCAAGCAAAUCGCCCAUGCAUGGGCAUCAUGUCCUCCAGUGGUGGGAAAGAGGUUUAGAAUUCUUCAUUAUCCCAACAAAGGAGAUGGCAAGGACUACAAAAAAGACGAAAUCAUCGAAGGCGAUGCAGAUGACUGUGCCGGUGCCGUUGAACUUGCUCAUAUUCCGGGUUGUGGUCGGUAUGCCAUAGAUAGCUGGCGCAUUUUCUGUCGAGAUGUCAUGCGUGGUCUUGCAAAGGACUACAAUGGCUACGGCAAGCAGAAAGAGGACUUCGAAGCUGAAUGGAAACGUGUUGUGCCGGAAGAUAAAGAGCUUCGGGCUUGUUUGAGAUGGAUGUGGUUGCGUGAGGGGUAUAUUUGGGAUCCACUCACUGGAAACAAACGCGAGGCUACUGAGGAGGAGAUGGAGAAUGCUGUCAAGGGACAGAUGGAAAUUGAGGAUGAGGUCGAGCGGAAGUUUGCUGCUCAGGCUGCUGGUCUCGUUGUUUCAUCGCCCGAGAAGGCUAGGAGAGGUGAUCUGGGGGAGACGCCGGUGAAGCAGAAUCUGGCGACUGCUGAAGCAAAAUUCGAAGUCAUGGGCAAUGGGGAAAUUGCAGAGGGUAGCGAUGCAGAUGAGCAGGACGUUAUCGCCUCUACGCCUGUUCGCAAGAAGGAGCAGAAGCGUAAUGGUGCGAAUGUGACAGAAAAAGUCUGAAGAGGUUCCGCUGGAGACGGACGGAGGUGACUCUCGAUAUACCAGCAAGCUCAGAGAAGGAAGGUACUUCCAGGACAUCGAGGCGCAUCACAGCGGAUGUCUACGAAUUGUCAGUAUGUGUAGAUAUCGCUUCAAAGAAUGACUUUCACCUUUG